CAGUAUGAAACUUUGAGGUUAGUUCACUUUACAGGACAACACACCACACACCGAGACACCAUUUACCUAUUUUUGUACGUAAGCAAUGUACUGUUUACUGUAGAUGUAAAUACAAUGUUCUAUUACUGUAUCUUUUGUAGAAUACUUUGGUUCUGCCCAAUAAAUAUUCCAUUUUUAUUAUCCUGACGUUGUUAGAAAGUUUUUGCUAGGAUAUGUCACCGUUAUGCGAGAUUAUAUCACGUCUGUUUUUCUAAUCUCAACUUGAGAAAGUGUUAUCAAUUUUAAGAUGAAUUGUUUCAAGUUUAUAAACUACAGAAAUUACAAAAUAAUAAUAGUAUCAUGUUGAGAAGAAAGUUGGAUUUGUGUUGAUAGGUGUGAGCUAUUGUGAAAGUAUGUGACGGUACACUGCUUCCUGAUUUGGAUUAGAUAAUUUAUGUGGAUAUUUUGUGUUUCAUCCGAGCUCCGCAUUUUUGAGAAUCUUCAAAAUGCACGAACUAUUCACCCAAGUAUUGAGCAACAAGGAUCUCUCCAAGGCCGGGGAUCUGUUUUCAGUGGCCGACUCAGCUAUUGUGGAUGACUUGACAGAGGUUGUGGAAACCAUAGCUGAGAUAACUGCUCUGCCAGACUAUGUGAACAAUGAUAACGAUCAGAGUGUGGUUGAGAUUAUCAUUACAAGGGUCACUUCUGCUAUAAGGGAAACCGGCUCGAUAGAACGGCACGCAGAAGCUCUGGUGGCCCUGCUGGAGUCAUGUCUCAGCCACAACCUGAAACCAUCCACCAAAGACGAGGAUCCGCCCCAUGCCAAGAUAUCCUCCGAUAUUAUAUCUUGCAUAUUUCUGAACUACAGCAAGAAAGAACUGAUGAGACGGGCUUUGCCAGUGGCUGUGAAAUUCCUGCACAAGGGCAACAAGGAGCUAUCCCGCAAUAUGGCGUCCUAUCUAUCUCUGGCAGCUAUCGAUAAUGCUGAUCUACUAUCGAUGCAUAUACAACUCAUUAUCGACUCAAUUAUUGCAGGCAACUACCCUCUAUGUCGAGUACUGCCACAGAUCUAUGCUGUCACUAAAGAGCCAAUCCACGAUCACGCGAUGGCUUUGGCAUCCCUGCUGCCGCUCUGUGAUCACACCGAGCAGUUGGCACUACUGCAGCUGUUCGCGCUCAUUGCCAACAACAAACCUGAGUUACUAGAAGCCAGCCUACCGCAACUGUGCGAGUACCUGGGUACAGCGGCUACAGCGAAUGCCACCAUGGUGGUUCUCCUGCAUUUGGCUGAGAAGCGACCACACCUGUUGGUGGACUAUGUGCCCAAGAUAAAGCAGGCGGCCGACAGGCAUCCCAACACGCUCUGUCUCGCUGCUCAGAUCAUCGCUGCUGUUGGCAAAUUGAGCAAGGACAGAGCCCAAGAAGCACUUAACUUUGUACUGGAACACCUGGGCAAGGCUGACCGCGGGAGUCAGGGCACUCUGAUCAAGGAGGCCACCCUACUGUGCUCAUCCUAUCCUGUGCUAUUCACCGACAAAAUGCUCGCACAAGUCAUGCGCAACAAACCGUCCAAUAACAGUUCUACGAAUCAAGUAAACCAAAUCAGCGGAGUGACCAUCGUCAAAGUGGGCGGACAACAAUCUACCGCAACAACCCCGCCCUCGUCGCAGAGCCGAAGUCACACGAACAGCAGUGAGAGCACACUGGCCAACAACACGGGAAGCAACGGCAGUAUGACGGCGGCUAAUCUGAACAGUUCCAUGACGGCCGGCCAUUUGAACGGCUCCAUUACGGCGGCAAAUUUGAACGGUUCAAAAGUGACCACUGUUUACACCAGCCACAAUCACGGCAAACAUGUGCAUAAUCACUAUAAUACUAGACAAGCAGACAAAUCGCGCGACCUGCCGCGUAGCCGGUUGGCAGCCCAUCGCAGCAUGACCCGACUGAACGUGUCCCAUUCUCACUACGGUGGGUCACACGGUGUGACCCAGUCUGGGGUCACAGAUGUGGGCUCGGUGGGACAAGGCCUGCACAAGAGUAUGACCCGGCUCACUCCGCACCAACCUGCCAAGACCACGGUUACCACCAUACAGGGCGGACGUCAGUACACUGUGUCACAGAACAAAGUGUCAAGCGGUGGUGUUACGGUGACAACGAAGAUGUCCUCCUCACUGGGCAGCAGUAGCAACGCCCUGCUGCGAGGCUCGAGUGGCACCACAGACGAGGCGACCGGUGGCAGCCACACAGGUGGCAGUCACACCACCGUGCCACCAGCCACGGCCACCACUGUCGCGCCACCGCCUCCCUCCAGGCCACUCAGUGUCAUGGUUUCGACAGCCCCACCCCCCUCCUCGAUAGCCGCGGUUCCAAGGCGGGCCGGGAAUCGAACCAGUGUGACAAUCAUCAAUAAUAAUAACAACAACAACAACCAGAACUCGAUAGCGUCGCAGAGGAUAUCUGUGUUCGAGCCCUACCCGAUGAGGGAUACCGUGCAACACUUCUGUGAGAAGCAUUUGGAUAAGAUCAAGUCCUACAUGGAGAAGGUGUCUGUCAGGAUCCCUCCGCCCGCCAAGUGCACAAUCGAAGAACGCCGAGCCAAAAAACUAGCCAAACUACACUUUGCCUGCCAGGGUAGAGGGGAGCACUGCCUUUAUUCCAGGACCUUUUUCACCAUGCGAACCCGUAAUCCAAGGGUAUGGAUUCACCUGAUGUUCCUGGCGCUGCAGGCCAGAUCCCAGACCGCCCUAUCAUCAAGGGACUCGAGUGUGUCAUCGCUGAAGAACUGUUGGGACAUUCUCAAGUGCGAGAAUAAGACAUUUCUAACACUGGUCACGUCUGCCUUUCCAUGUGCUAAGGACCAAGAUGCCGUCCUGAACGAGCUGCGUCAGAGCGGCUUCUGCGACAUGUUCUCAAGGCACACGGGCGGUGGUGGUGGGGGUGUCAGCCCCGCUACGGGCGGCGUGUGGGGUUGCUUCCUGUGCUGUCAUCCGGAGAGGGCGGUCGGCUUCCUGCAGGACAGUCAGCCGGUGAUCGAGGGCCAACUCAAGGAGAAGAAGGGCCGCUGGAAGAUAUUCAGGCGAUGGCGGACUCGCUACUUCACGCUGUCCGGAGCGCAUCUCAGCUACAAGGGAUCGAAAGAUGACAAGGAGAUGACACCGAUAGACGUCCACCAGAUACGCAGUGUGAAGGUGUCACGAGGCGCACGCAAUAUCCCAAAGGCUUUCGAGAUAUUCACGGGAGACGACGAGUCGCUGAUUCUGAAGCCGAAGGAUGGCAAGAACGCAGAGGAGUGGGUGCAGUGUCUGUCUGUGGUUGUAGCUCACUCUCAGGCCAAGGAUGUGCCCAACAGGGCCAGUAGUCUCAAUAGAACGUCUGUCUGAUUGGGAAAGUAGUCUCAAUAGAACCUCUGUCUGAUUGGGAAAGUAGUCUCAAUAGAACCUCUGUCUGAUUGGGAAAGUAGUCUCAAUAGAACCUCUGUCUGAUUGGGAAAGUAGUCUCAAUAGAACCUCUGUCUGAUUGGGAAAGUAGUCUCAAUAGAACCUCUGUCUGAUUGGGAAAGUAGUCUCAAUAGAACCUCUGUCUGAUUGGGAAAGUAGUCUCAAUAGAACCUCUGUCUAUAGUGAGGUCCACGUUAUAAGGGCAGUGAAGAAAGAUAGGAGAACAGUGUUGCCACUGCCUUUGUAGAGAAGUAGAGAAUAGAGAUGUGUAGAGAAUUGAGAGAUGAUGAUACCAGUAUCAUCAAUACAUCAUUAAAGCCUGGUUUUCACUAGUAGAGAUAGUUGUCGAGAAACUGGCAUACUUACUCUACUGAGCUAACCCUACUCUUCUUACUUGGUUGAGUAACAGUUUUCACUACAAUUUAGAAUAGUAGGUAAAGUGUGUUGUCUAGUGAACAGAACUAACCUUAAAAACUACUCUACUCUACUGUACUUGUAGUAAAAAUAGUUACUCAGCCAAGUAAGUAGAGUAGAGAGUUAGCUCGGUAGAGUUAGUAUGCCAAUAAUUGGCAUACUUAGUAAUUAUUACUCACCACUAACUCUUCUACUGUAGUGAAAUCAGGCUUAUGUGAUGUAAUAUUAACUGUACUAAAAUAAUAAAUUAUAUUUUAUCCGUCAGAAACAUAUAUAUAUUUUCCAAUGAUUUUUAAAAAUUUAGAUUAAAUAUUAUGCUCAUCAAUAAAUUAUCACAUUCUUGAAAAACGAUAUGACAACGUUGCGGAGCUAGAAAAGAAUAGGGCUAUCUGCCUUGUCGAAUGAUAGACAAGUAUAGCAAUACCACAAAGUUAAUCAAAUAAUGACAAGACUCAGUGGAAAUUAUCAUAUGUAUAAAUAAAUAAUGUGUAGCUCACUUUAAUAAAGCUAGUAGUAUCAAAGUUAAUAGUUCUCUCUGCGUUCUCUAGGGAAUAAUCAAUAUUCUGCUAGAAAUGUUUGAAAUCGUACAAUUGGAAUGAGUUGAAAUACAAUUUCAUACUAAAAACAGAUGCUGAACAGCGCGGGGUAACUUAGAGGGGUUACAAAAUUCGGAGGACCGAGGAAAAUACAUAAAAUGCGGAUUAACUUACUUGAUGCGGUUGUAACGAUGACUGUGGAUCUCAGCCAGCUCUGCCGGGGAAAAACAACCUUCUCCUCCUCCUCGGAGAUAGACAGAGCUAGGUAGAGAGGGAGAGGGGGGAACUAAAAGCGAUAAGACGCACUGUACUGUUUGCGUUCUAACCAGAUGCUUUUCGCGAUAAUCAAUCUAAUGUUGAUCAAUACAACCUCUGUCUGAUAGGGUUAUAGUAAGAUUGACAUUGUAAAGUCAGCGCCUGAUCAAAAUUGGUUAGCUACACUUGUCUGACAUUGGACAAAGCAGAUGACUAUCCUUUUCCAACUCGCAUCGUCGCCAAAUAGUUCGUGUAAUAUGAAUGGAUAUAAUGAACUGCAUCAGUAUUUAAUCUCAAGAGAAUACAUUUUUAAUUGAUAUUUAAAUCUUUAAUAUCAUAUUUAAAUAUGAUAUGAUAUGAUAUGAUAUGAUAUCAUGUAAAAUAUAUAUGAUUUUUUUAUAUAUCAUCAUAAUUGAUGAUAUAUUUCCUGAAGUGAGGUCCGCGUUAUAAUGGCAGUAUUUUAUUGACAUUGAUGUUGCUAUCCUUGUCUAGCAUUUGACAAAACAGAUAGUACUAUCUCUCUCUAGCUUUGCAAUGUUGUCAGUUUGCCAUAAAUAUUUCAUUUCUAAUUUUGACAGUGACUGUACAAAUGCAAACAAAUAAUCUUCAGUCGCCACGUUUUUUUAUUCCAACAAAAUACUUGAGUAGACAAGUCGUGUAAUUGAUUAAGAAAUGUAUCUUUGAAUUAAUGGAAUAAUUUUUAGAUAAAUAUGAGAAACACGAAUUAUACCUGGAAUGACAUUUUAAAAGUUGAUAAAUUUGACCAUCCUAGACUUCAUCCAUCCUCACAAACAAGUCUGGUGUGGGCAAGCCCUACGUCUUUUAAGUGUUUAUUGAUUGAUUGAUUGAUUCUUCAUCACAAAUGACAAUGUAUUGCUGGCAAGACCCAUAGCAUACUAACAGGUCUUGGUAGGGUUUCUGGUACCGGUAUCAAUAUUAAAAGGUUAUUUCAGAAUUAUUUCCAUUGAAAUUAUCUCAAUAAAUAGGAUUUUGUUAUUAUUUUCAAGAGAAAUCGGAAUAGACUACCUACCGAAUAACUUUAUUUCUGUUGAUUUGAAGUUCAGAUUGUUAUUGUACCACAGAUUUUUAAAUUCACGAGAUUUCUGGUGUGUGAGAGAGUAGAAAUCUGAACUCAGUUAUGACAUUUUUAAUCAAUCAAUGGAGAGGCAUAUUUUUUGAAUAUAAUAAAUUUAAAAUGAAAUUAAUAUUAUUAUCGAAGAAAAUAAAAAAUAAUAUUAGAUUAGAUGUAAUAGGAUGAUUUGAGUCACGGUUAUCUAAUAAUAUCGGGGACCGAGCUUCGCUCUGGAGUACAAAAGCAUGAAAAAUUUAUUACGAAAGAAGAAAUUAUAAUAACAUUCAUACAGAAAUGUUCAAUGUAAUCACAGUAAAUUGAGAUUAAUU